UGUAUUCACAUAUUUUUUCCUCCUUCAUCUUGAAAACUCGCGUUUCUAUUUUUCCCCUACUUGCAGCAUGUGACGCAAUUGAGAUUGAAACAUUUUGCUGCCUUUGGACAUUAACGUCAUGUAAUAUAUUAUAUAUUCUACAGCCCAAUUCGUAGCCUCUUGUACAUACAUAAAGUCUACCUAACCUAAGGUACCUUCUACCCAAUAUUUCAUCGUCGCCUUAUUCCCGAAUAGCGAACAACCAUUAUCCCUGCUCUCAAAUCUUGCUGUGCUUCUUCCCAUUGCUGCAUUGGCAUCGCUACUUUGGAUACCGACCAUCAUCCCUGCAAUCCCCUUUCAGUCUGCUACUCCGCCAAAUCUUUUAGCCUCUUUUUUUCUUUUACAAAUCUUCUUAUGCACCAUCCUUUCUCUUGACUUUUGUCCUGGUCUCCCCUUUCCGCAACUGGUGAUGACCUCGGAUCGCGUACUGGAUACUGACACCCUCUCGACGGAUUCGCUAGUCAUCUCCACUACAUUCCUCCCUCCGCCUUCGUAACGACAAUUGUAACACGAGGGCGCGUUGUGACAGGACGGGGAGUGAAACGAACCAAACUGCUGGAUCGCGGCCAUGCCCGAGAAGUCUCUCACCGUUGCCACCUAUGCGGCCGGCGCUUCUCUCGCCGCCAUUACUCUUUUCUAUGUUUUUGCCCCCAACUACUUUCUAGAUAAUGAUCCCAACUCGAGCCGUAAGAAAGGCGUCGUCGGCCUUUCGAACCCAGCAAACGACUGUUUCAUCAACUCAGUUCUCCAAGCCCUCGCCGGCCUCACCGAUCUCCGAAUUUACCUCAUCCGAGAAACUCACCGAAGAAAUAUAGAUGAACCCUGGGUCUACCAAGAAAUAGUUCAGGACCCUGCAUAUAAGAACAAGCCUGAAUGGAAGGUCCAUGGUCUCCAGGCCGGAAUCGUCACCAGAGGCUUGAAGGAUAUUCUCGAUGCGCUGAACGAGCGGCCCAUCUACAAGAAGACCAUAUCUGCCGGCCCCUUUAUCAGGGUACUCGAAACGGCUUUCAAACAGCGUAUUAGUAGGCAGCAGCAGGAUGCACAGGAAUUUUUACAGGUGGUAGCCGAACGGUUAUGCGACGAAUACCAUGCAGGAAGGAGAGCCCGGCAAGCUGCGAGAAAGAAAUACGUUAGCGAAUCGUCAGGAAAUAAGGCAGAGCCAAUAGAUGGCGAUGUCGUUGAACAGCGUUUGGCAAAGCUAGCCGUAAACGAGGAUGGAGAAAGCGAAACCACCGUGUCAGAUGAGGACAAAACCGAAAGCGAGGCGCAAGAACUCUCGAGGAACGAUGAAGAUGGAUUUCCAAUGGAAGGUCAAUAUGAAAGUCAAAUCGAGUGUCAAAAGUGUGGUUUUAAACCAAAGCCAACAGAGAACACUUUCUGCACUCUCACGUUGAACGUACCACAGUCAAACUCGACAUCGCUUAAUGCAUGUCUAGACGGGUUUUUCAAGACCGAGUACAUAGACGACUUCAAGUGCGAGAAAUGCCGUCUCGCCCACGCAAAAGAUUUACUGGAAGCACAGUUGUUAGGACGUAUCCCCGAGGCUUCCAAGCCUAGUAUUCAACAAGCGAUUUCCCAAUUGCAACAUGCGAUCGACAAUGAUCCUGAGAAUCCACCUGCGGACAUCGAGCUUCCUCCUAUGAGUGACGCCCCAACUUGUAAAAUCGCAAAACACACGCGACUGACUAGCUUCCCCAAGAUUAUGGCUAUUCACCUUUCCAGAUCCAUAUACAACAGUACCUCACAGAAGAAUUCAGCCAAGGUAACAUUCCCCGAACAGUUGCUAAUGGGGACUUUAUUGAAUCGCAAAAAAUACAAAUUACUUGCUACUGUUACGCACAAGGGCAGUCAUCACAGUGGACAUUACGAGUCCUUCCGUCGACAGAACAUCUGUCUUCCGUUCUCCACUCCAAAUCCAUUCCAAGCUUCCGAUAUCUUCACCAAAUCAGCUACACCCAGCCCGGCAUCUACUCCCCACGUUACAGCGACGUCAAGAUCAGGGGAUCCUAGCCCGGUAGCAUCUAUCCCGGAUCUCGGGUUUUCUUCGUUCGGAAGUAGUUCUUCUAAUCAGUCAGUUGAUGUUCUGCCUCGGCCGUCGACAGAUUCAACUCCCCAAACUUCUGCGACAUCCAAUGGCCGACAUUCAUCUCGUCGUAGUCCGAAGUCCUCCACGAAGGAUCGUGAGUCAGAUAGUAUUAGUCUCAAGUCAGUUGCGGCGUCUGCCCGAUCUACUAUAUCGAGAAUAUCAAACUCAGCUAGAAACAGCAGACCAAGUAGUCCAGCUAGCCAGACGCCAGUCACGCCAUCUACCGUGAAUGAGAAAACGAUUACAUCUAAAUCGAAUGGGGCAAAGCCCAAGCGUCGAAAGCAAAACGAGCGAUGGUGGCGUAUCAGCGACGAAAAGAUCAAGGAAGCUAAGACGGGUGAAGUGUUAGGAAUGGAACGAGAGGUUUAUCUGCUGUUCUACGAGCUAGAGCGCGAGAGUCCGGCAGCGUCAUAGGGCGAUGUAUACCAACUCUUGGAUAAUCUAACACAGGCAGCAUCUUAUGACCCCGCGGAUGACGAGCGGGAAGACCCGUAUAUAAAAUCCAGAGC